UGUCAAGACAUGCAAGUCAAGAUCAUGUCCCUGAAGAAGCAUAGAAGCACUUUCCAAUAUGGUAUCAGAGCUUUGAAGCUAUGGCUUGGAGAACACCUGCAGCAAACAUGGUUCAACCAUCAAUUCCAACUGUUCCUUUACCCCAAAACACUGGUGUUGGUACAAAUCAGACCAAUACGAAUCCUAUACCCAAUAUCAUUCCUUAUGAACCAAGGGAUCGAUCUCCCCUACAUCUGCAUUCAAAUGAGAGCCCCUCGUUACAACUUGUAACUGCUCAAUUGGAGGGAAGGAUGAAUUAUCAUGCCUGGGCAAGGGCUAUGGAAAUGGCCCUAAGAUCGAAGAACAAAAUGGCUCUCAUCGAUGGCACAAUGCAGAUUCCCAGCAAGCGAGAUCCUAAGUACUUCUACUGGGAUCAGUGUAACACGAUGGUGUUGUCCUGGAUCCUCAGAGCAGUUUCCCCCACCAUAGGUCGAAGCGUGCUAUGGAUCAACACGGCGGAAGGGAUCUGGAAUGACCUGAAGAAACGUUUCAGCCAGCAGGAUGUAUUCCGGAUUGGAGAAAUUCAGGCUGAGAUUUAUCAGACAAGGCAAGGUACUUCCUCUGUAAAUGAAUAUUUUACCCAGUUAAAACUGUUGUGGGAUGAGUUGUUCAUUCUGAGACCUGUUCCCUCAUGUGGUUGCCUUCCGAGUUGUGAAUGUGGCUUGAAGUUGUCUGAGAAGAUUAGAACUCAGCUGGAAAAUGACAUGUUGUCUACCUUUCUUACUGGUUUAAAUGAAAAUUUUACCAAUACAAAACUACAGAUUAUGUUGAUGAAACCCCUACCUGAUGUGGGAGAAGCUUUUGCCAUGGUUUCACAGCAAGAAAGGCAAAUAGACAUUGGAUCUAACAGUUUGGGAGACAGUUUAGGAGGUGCAAAUGCCUUCUUUACAAAGGUUGAUGGCAAGAAAUCUUUCCAUAACCAGAAACAGAAGCCUGUGUGUAGUUUUUGUGGCUAUACUGGACACACCAUCGACAAAUGCUAUAAAAAGCAUGGCUAUCCUCCAGGUUGGAAAUCAAGAAGCAAAGGUAUGGGAUCAGCCAAUCAGAUUCAGAUUUCUGAGCAAGAAACUGGCACUGUGGAAUCAGGUUUUCCUUUCAGUCAAGAAGAUUUUAGAAGGUUUUUGGAGUUCAUACAGCAAGAGAAGCCCAACAACAAACAUAUUGAGGCUGUUACACCUCAUGUUAAUGCUAUAGAGGCAAAUUUCAUCCCAGAUGCUACAUUGGAAGGUAAAAUCCCUGAUUCUGAUUUUAAUUUGGCAAAUUCAGGAUCCUCAUAGAUUCUUGACAGUGGAGCCACACAUCACAUUGUUUGCAAUGUGCACCUAUUACAAACACCCAAGAAAGUGCAGGGAAUAUUUGUUGACUUACCUAAUGGACAUCAUACUCAAGUAUCUCACAUUGGAAAUGUCAAGCUAUCUGU